UUACGAACAUAUUUCUCACGUAAUAUUUUUUAAAUUAAACAAACUUUUGGAGCAAGACUUAAUUAAUUGUGUGAUCGCUGCCGCGCGUUAUUCGAGAGAGAUUUUUUAAAAUUGGAUUCGACUGCCAACGUGAAAUGCUUUAUUUUAAUACUGUCUAAAUCGGUUCUGCUAAAAAUAUAUAUUUUUUAUAUACUUAUUUACGGUAUAGGCAGAAAGCAAGAAUCGAGCAAUGGAUUCCAAGGGCUCUUCACCAAAUGAUUAUAAUAAAAGUUGUGAUGACACCCCGAAGCGUAAGGUAUCCCAGUCCCUACAUGGACGUUCCGCUCGCGAGCUGGAUGAGGAAAUUAUUAGAUUGCGUAAUGAAAACUUUAACCUGAAGCUUCGUCUUCACUUUAAAGAGCAGGUUAACGAAGAUGGCGCACGUGCCAAUACUUCCAACGAGGCAUUGGCUAACGAGUUGGAAGACGCCAAAAGUGUGAUCCAUGCGCUGCGCCUAGAGGUCGGCGAGAAGACGCAACUGUUGAAGGAUGCUGCAGAUGCAAUAUCCGAGCACGAGGACAAGGAAAGGGAGUUCGUCAUGGAGAGUCAAGCGAAAAUUGCUGAACUGGAAGGCUACGUAGCACACUUGCAGGAUGAAAAGCCCCUGGAAGCGCUCUUCGCCAAAGAUCUGAAGCGUAUGGAAGAAAAGCUGUCUCGACAAGCCGACGAUCUACAUAAGGCUAAAAGGCAAAUUGAACAAUUGAAAAGGGAACUGUCCGAACGGGAUAAGGAAAUACUCUCCUACGAGGAGAAACUUAAGGAGAGUACCGCCGAAAAUUCCGAUAUGAUGAGCCUACUCCAACAGCAUUACAGGUUCAGCCUCAUGGCGAAUCAAAUGAUGGAGAUACAAAAGAAAGAGCUAGAUGCGUGCUUGGUUGAGAAACUGGGCUUUAUAAAGAAGAUGAAUGACAUUCUGCCCGAACUGAAUUGUCAGAAUGAGUUGUUAAAAGAAGCGACAAUAACUGUGCAGAACCUCUUAGACACGACGGAUCUUAAAGAGAGCUUCUCACGGGAAUUGCUGGCCAAUUAUAAAGCUGCUAUAAUGGAGUCAAAAGUGGAAAUUCACAAUAUUACAGAGGAUAUCAUAAAGUGGACGCAAUCGCAUGGACUGGACUGUGCCAGCAAUAUGAAUGUAGAGAGUAGCUCAAGCAGCUCACAAAUUAACUCUGAAGUAUCAUCGCAGGAUCUGCUAGGCUCUUGCUCAGCCGAGUCAUCACGGUUCUCGCACUCAGCGCCAGUUGAAGAGGAUGACAGUCCCCAACCUGCUAAGGUACGCUCCUCAGGUAAACACUUGCGUGGCCAUGCCAAGUCCAGUUUUACCGGACUUCGUCAAUUUGUUAAGUGUUGGGGCCGCCAGUACUCGAAAUAAUCGUGCCACAUUUCAAAAGGUCCAAUAUUUUAGUUAUUUCAGUUGUUGAUUAUUGUGGAAUAAAAAAAAAUUACCGAAACGAGGG